AGAAAAAGACUUUGUAACAGGAAACGGGUCGCACGCUUUUAUCCGAAGUCUCGAAAUGUCAAGGAUCAUUGAAUAACAAUAAUUUAUUGCACCGAAGGUUAUGGAUAUAAAAACUCUUAAGAAAUAACUGUCCUUUAAUUUACAUGGAAUCUUUCUCUCCAUUAUUCUACAAUUAGUAGAUUUUUAACACACAGUAAACUAGUUUUCAACAAAGCUUUCAAUUAUCAAUAUGACUCGAACCGACCAAACAGCCGCCAUGGAUCAUGCUGAGUUGGUCCUGGAGAUGCCAACCAUCGAGAGGAUGUCGACCCAGGACCGACUGCAGCUGGCUAGGCGGAGGCGGAGGGCUCAGUUGAAAUCUUGGGCCAUGAGGGAGCGAGAAUGGCUCAAGACUCGGCCCGUACACAAGAGUAAAAAACCUGGGAUUAGAUUCAGCGAUAAUGUAAUACUUCUUGAAGCCGCUUCGAGGAAUGACAUCGCCGAGGUCAAAAGGCUUCUCGAACGGGGUGUCAGCCCUGACUCGACCAACGAAGACGGGCUGACCGCUCUACACCAAUGUUGUAUUGACGAUAAUGAAGAAAUGAUGAAACUAUUAUUAGAAUUUGGAGCGAAUGUGAAUGCCGAGGAUACUGAAAGAUGGACGCCACUUCAUGCAGCGGCGACUUGUGGUCAUCUUCAUCUUGUUAAACACCUCAUAAACAACGGUGCAAAUCUUCUGGCUGUAAAUGGUGAUGGAAAUAUGCCGUAUGAUAUCUGCGAAGAUGAACUGUCUUUGGAGGAGAUUGAAGGUGCCAUGGCUGCAAGGGGAGUGACACAGGCGAUUAUCGAUGAGACGAGGGCUGCUAGGGAGACCACGAUGUUACAAGACCUCGCGACUGGCGUGCUGGGGUUGGAAGAUGCCGAUGAGCAAGGAGCCACGCCUCUUCAUAUCGCUGCUGCAAAUGGGUAUCAAAGGGUGGUAGAGUUCCUCCUCGAUCAUCACGUUUCUACUGACAGAAAGGACAAUGACAGCUGGCAGCCUGUUCACGCAGCGGCUUGUUGGGGCCAUAUUGAAGUGUUGGAGUUGUUGGUGCAAAAUGGAGCGGAUUUAAAUGCAAGGACAAAGCACGACGAAACGCCAGCCGAUAUUUGCGAAGACCCAGAAUUGAGAGAACGCAUCGUCGAGUUGAAAACUGAACAGGAAAGUAAAAAAAUGGCUGAGAAAAGGCGCGUCAGGAGGAGCCAGAGCAACAACUCGAGGGCCCAUUCGGUACGCAGGACGAGCCUGAGAGAAAGGGGGCUUACAUCUAAAAGAGACGCAGUGCAAGAAGCCAAACUACGCCUUCAAGCCGCACAGCCUACUCCUGUCGGUGAAAGUGUUCCUGCCAACUCUCCGACUGUUAAUAAACCUCCUCCAGUGGAAAAUGACCUUUGUUUGUUAGAGUUGACAAAUUUGAGGAGGGAGCCUGAAGGAAAAGAUGCAACUGCGCUUGUCAAUGACAGCCCCUCGUUCCCAAUCGAAGUACCAACUGAGACGAGUUACUCAACAGAGGGCAAUGGUAAAAUCAACAUUCACGUCUCCGUAACGAUAAACGCAGGGACACUGGCUGAAUUGAAAAAGCAAAGGGCGCAGAACAGGACCGUGAGCCCGGAUGUGACUUCCAUCCUGUCACAGGCGACCGUGUCAGACAUCGAUUCUCCAGCCGUCGUUAAAAAGUUCUCAGGCGACACUUCGGAAAACGUAGUCGACGACAGUAAAGCAAGGAGGUGCUGUUGCAUGUUUUAAACUGUUUCAAAAUUAUAAAUACCAAAGGUCUUUGAUCUCUUGUUAAUACAAAAAAAUUGUUUUUUUAUUCGCCAUAAUUCGCUUUGGUUGAGAGAGAUCAGAUUGUCAUUACAAAUGGUAAAAUUUAAGACUGUGACCUUAAUAGCCAUAUUUAAUGGGGGAUAGCAGGUUUAAAAUAAAUUUUUGAUAUUUUCUUGUUUU